AUGGCCCCUCCCAUCUUACCAUGGGCCGUCCUUCCAAACUGCCAUGUGGACAGCUUGAACACUCUAGUUCAGUUGUAUGAGCCCUACACUGAGAGCGUGCUGUUGAAGUCCCAGCCAGCCCGCUUAACCAUCCUUGGCUACGAACAGCCACAGGCCUACGGUCCUGGCCUUUACACAUCACUGCAUGAUGUCCGAGGCGAAAAUACCCUAUGCAACUUUUUGCAACUAUCUCUGGCCAAUAGUCCCGAGCCAACAUCACUUUAUGCCAAGCGGUCUUUUUCUGUGAACCCAGAGCUCACUACCAAAUUCUUUCAUCAGCUAUGUCUGGAGUUCAGCGACGUUAUAUGUAUUAGAGCACGAACCGUGGAUGAGGCUGCUCACAGCGUGCUAAGAUUUAGAGAAAGUAUCGAGUCCGAUAGAGCCCAAACCGAGCUGCAGUGGAUCAUCCUUCUUGAAACAAAUUCACCGCGAACUAAAGUAGAUGAAACGGACGUAAAAAAAUAUCUUGAUGCUUUGAUUGAGAAAGAAGGAAGUUCUUCUCAAUGGACUUCGCGAGUGUUCCAGCAUUUGAUCGUGCGAUCUUAUGACCCGAAAAGAACCAAUUUAUCGGAGCUUCUGGCGGCCAUCCAAGGAUGCACCACGGCGAUGAGGAAAAUGCGCAGUGAAAGAAGGCACCUAUGGACCCUUGGGGAGAUCAACUACCUACUGGAGCAAUACCUCACUGCAAAACUACCAUUCGUAGCCUGUCAUCAGAACCCGCCGAGGAUUGCCACCCUAUUGCCAGGGGCAACGUGGUAUCCAAUGGCGUUUAGAAGGCGGUUCUGGCCUGGUAAAGAUAUUCAGGAACAGAACGGCCUAGCAAAGUGGCUCCGGGCCACUGACCAGGAUAUCGACUUGAAUGUGUCUUUAGCCCCGAUCUUCGCAAGAAUGUUUCUGGAGGAUGGGGACCUUCUUCCGCAUGAGCUCUUCGCUAGCAUAUACGGACCGUUGUGUAGCGAAGCAUGGUGCUAUGCCUCUCGGGAUUGUGGCUGGAUAGCCCGCAAGGGUCUCACAAGCUUUCUGGAUGCAGUGGUUUCACGAAUGAGACCGCAGAAUCCGGAUCUUUGGCGUGACGCGCAAAUAGGGCUGCGAAAAGUCAGAGGGGAAUCAUUGUGCUGCAUGUGCCCAUGGGACAUGCAGCCUUGGCUUUUGUUCCCCUGUGGCCAUGGCAUAUGCGAGCGCGAUGCAUGGCAUUAUUCUGGGAUCCAGCCCGAUGAUGCUGAAUAUCCAACUCUAGCUCAUUUCAGCGCCUGCCCGGCAUGCGGCGCGCCAGUGGACUUGAAGGUCCGGCUCCGUCCAUUACAAGCCGGGUAUCGAGUCGCCAGCUUUGAUGGAGGGGGAGUCCUAGGAAUAGUUUCGCUCAUCGCUCUUCAAAGUAUUGCCGAGGGUCUUCCGAAGGCACUAUCAGCUCAUCACUACUUUGAUCUGAUAGUCGGCACAAGUACAGGCUCAAUCAUUAGCGCUGCGCUUGGUCUGAUGCAAUGGCCAUUGUCGUACUGCAUCGAGGUGUUUUGCUCCACCGCAAACGACAUCUUCGGCAAAAAAAGUGGAAUGAUAGCCCUAGUGAGGAGAUUGCUCCGCCUCCACAGGGUUGGGGCACAGUAUGACAUUAAUGUAUUCUGUAACAUACUUAAGGACGUUUUUGGUGAAGGUUUGAUGCGAGAGGGCAUCAUAGAAGCAAAGCAAGAUGUCGUGCGCGUAGCUAUCACAUCGACAACUUUUGACUCGAGACUUUGCUUGUUCCGCUCCUAUGGGGAUGUACUUCGCGAGGCUGAGAGCGGGGAUCACAUACCACAGCAGCUUUUCGAACUGCCUUUGUGGCAAGCGUGCGUUUUCCACUAUCUUGGUCAUUUUGGCCACACUUAG